CAGGUCCCCAGCUCAACGAUGGAUUCUAAACACAGGGAGCUCCUCAGAAACCGACGUCUUGAAUUGUGUUCCCAUGCCGUAGCUGAUGGACUGGUUCCCCAGUAUCUGUAUCAGGAAGGCAUCAUCACCCGUGACCAACUAGAGGACAUAUGUGGACAGGCCACCAGUCAGAGGAGAGCAAUGAAGCUCUUGGACAUCCUGCCCACUCGUGGACCCAAGGCCUUCAAUGUUUUCGUGGAUUCCAUGACCGAAUUCCCAUGGGUUCUGGAGAAUUUAAAGCAGCACUGCCACAAGAGCCCUCCUGUACCGGAGAGCACAUCUUUGGGUUUGCCCGCUAAUGUCCUUCAGAACUGUCCCAAUGACCGCCAACUCAACCUUCUGGCAGGAAAACUGGGAUCGGAAUGGGAGCAGGUUCUGGGUCACCUAGGACUGGACCACAGCGACCUGUACAGGUGUAAAAUACAACAUCCAGACAACCUGCACUCACAGGUCAUGGAAGGACUGGUGAGAUGGAAACAACACAUGGGACGCAAGGCCACCAUCCAAUGUUUGUGGGAAGCUUUGGAAGCUGCUGAGAUGGAUCCUUCAGAAAUAAAACUUGUUUUACAAUGA